AUCACUUACUUCUGACGUUACAAAGCCUCGGGGAGCUGGCUCAAGAUUGCUAGUCUUUGAUAAGGUCCUUGCAACUUAGUAGCAACUUUGUGUUUCUAAAAAUGAUCGUAAAAAAAAAGAAUUUCCAUCACCUCUCGCAAAAUAUUCAACGUCUAUCGACACCAUAUACACAAGAGGGGUAACUGAAUAAAAUCUAAACGUGUUACGACAAAUACAAAUAUCACAUGUUCUCUUUCUCGCGGAAAAAAGAAGAAUUAUUUGCUAUCUACCUUUCGGGACCAGGCCGUCGGUUCUUUACUUUGAUGUCCGCAGUUAAACCUUAGCACAGUUCGUAUUGGAAUAGCCUAAAGGAGACCUACUGCUUGCUUUGACUGCCUCAAACACAGUUUGUGAAGAAAGGGGAAAACAAGGAUUUUUUCGGGAAGAAGGCACGUUAGAUUUCCCCGUUUUGCAACGAAUACAUUAUCCGGACGGAGUGUAAGGGAAUCGUCUGGAACGGAGACUGUGGAUUACUUUUUUUGAAUCAAAAUCUUCUGAGAGAAUAGUGAAGCUGUUUUUGAGGAGAAAACUCAUGGAUCGAUGAGAGAAGCCGGGGCUGAGUGGGUCCCCCGCUGACUUAAGAGGGCGAGGGGAUUACAGCCGCGCGCAGUGAAGCUGGAAACAGAGAGACGAGGCGGCGGGAAUCUGAAGCCAUGAGCAGGGCGCUCGCGGACCCCAUCGGCAGUAGCUUCAGAGAAGAUGCGCCUCGUCCUCCAGUCCCGGGGGAAGAGGGAGAGGCGCCAUGCAAACUUGCCACGAUGAGAGCCCAGCACAAAGCUAAAGCUACAGCCCUCGCUUCUUCCGGCUCCCCUGCGAAGAGAAACGAAGAUGGGCUCGGGGAACCGGAGGGGAGUGCCUCUCCGGAUUCGCCGCUUGCUCGCUGGACCAAGUCUUUACACUCUCUUCUCGGGGACCAAGACGGUGCUCAUCUCUUUAGGAUAUUUUUGGAGCGGGAGAGAUGUGUGGACACUUUAGACUUUUGGUUCGCCUGCAGUGGGUUCAGACAAAUGGACCUCAAGGAUACCAAAACCUUACGAGUUGCCAAAGUUAUUUACAAGCGGUAUAUAGAAAACAACAGCAUUGUUGCUAAGCAGCUGAAAACUGCGACUAAAUCCUACAUAAGGGACAAUAUUAAGAGGCAACAGAUAGACUCCGCGAUGUUUGAUCAGGCUCAGACUGAGAUACAGACCGCAAUGGAGGAAAACGCUUACCAGAUGUUCUUGACCUCUGAUAUCUACCUAGAAUACGUUCGCGCCGGAUGCGAGAACCCGGCUCACGUCAAUCCUAACGGACUAGGGAGUCUCAAGUUGAUGUGCGGAUACUUGCCCACGCUGAACGAGGAAGAGGAGUGGAGUUGCAAUGACUUUAAAACCAAAGCGUUGGCCGCUUCCAUGGUUGGUUCGACCGCCUGCCUGAGAUCCCUGGAGGUGCUUGAUAAUGGAUACAGGUCGUGCCGGCGUGGGGGAGACCCUGCUCACCCCUGCAAGGUGAUCCCGGGCUACGCGCUCGCCCCCGCCUCCAGCGCCCACGACAGCGGGGCGUCCAGCGACGCCCUGACAGACGACUCCAUGUCCGUGACGGACAGCAGCAUAGAUGGCGUCCCUCCUUACGCUCUGGCCAACCGGAAGCUGCAGCAGAGGGAGAUGCAGCGAAGCGUGAAGCUAAACGGCCAGGUCACCCUACCUCACUUCCCUCGGACGCGCCGGCUGCCCAAGGAGAUGACGCCCGAGGAGCCGGCUGUCUUCGCGGCCCGGCUCAUCUCCCGGCUGGAGCGCCUGAAGAGGGAGCGAGACUCCAUGAGCUCCCUGGAGGAGAGGCUGCAGCAGAUACAGGAGGAAGAUGAGAGGGAAGAGGGCGACUUGCCAGGCGGUGCCUCCCAUCACCCUCCCCACCCCUUGGGGGCGCUGUCCCCAGGUGCCUGUGAAGAGGACCCCCAGGCCAUCCUGGAUGAGCACCUCUCCCGCGUCCUCAAAACCCCUGGCUGCCAGUCCCCGGGUGUGGCCCUGCACUCUCCUCGCUCACGCUCCCGCUCGCCAGACCAGCAGCGAGGUGUGGGAGGGCCCUUGUGUUCGGCCCCGGGGCCCUGCCCCCCGCCCUGCGGGACCAGCAGGGUCUUCCUGCCCAAACAGGCCACCAGGCACAUCCACCACCACUACAUCCACCACCACACCGGCCCCAAGACCCAGGAGCAGGUGGAGGCCGAGGCCGCCCAGAGGGUCCAGGGGCUCUGCCUCCCCGCCCUGGCCCCUGCCACGGCCCCCGGAGACUGCUGCGCCUGCCCCAAGUGCCGGGGCCAUGGCAACGAGCCCUGCGGCAGCUCCGGAGAGACCCCCCUGAGCGACAGACGUUCCUUCACUUUGUCCAAGCGGGCUUGUGCAGCUGGGGACGCGGGACCCCAGCUGAAUGGGGAGGGGGGUGUGCCUCUGCAGCUGCCCACUGACACCACUGACCGCUCCCAGAACGUGUGGCAGUGGAUCCUGGACAGCGACAGGCAGAGCAAACACAAGCUUCACAGUGCACCGGGUCCUAAGAAGGGGAGCGGUGUGGACUACUCCUGCCGGGCGUCCCUGGGGCGCGUGUUCGCCUGGGGAGGGGGUGGAGCGAACGACCACAGCGGCCACGUCCGCGUGCACCAGCCCUCCCACCCCUUCAUCCAGGACCCUGCCAUGCCUCCCCUGUCCCCCCCCAACACCCUGGCCCAGCUGGAGGAGGCCUGCCGCCGCCUGGAGGAGGUGUCCAAACCCACCAAACAGAGGCACUCCACGUCCAGUCUGCAGCGGGACCGCUCGCUCUUCAGUGCCGGGCAGAACGGAAGCGCCCCUUCGGCUCACACUGACGAGCCCAAGGAGCUGAAGAAGGCGCCGGGUUGCCAGGUCGGGCCGGGCGGGGAGCUGGUGGUGACGUACUUCUUCUGCGGGGAGGAGAUCCCGUACCGGCGCAUAAUGAAGGCGCCCUGCCUCACGCUCGCACACUUCAAGGAGCAGCUGCAGAAGAAAGGGAACUACAGGUACUACUUUAAGAAGGCCAGUGAUGAGUUUGCGUGUGGGGCGGUGUUCGAGGAGGUGUGGGAUGACCGGACCGUUCUGCCCAUGUUUGAGGGCCGGAUCCUGGGGAAGGUGGAGAGGAUGGACUGA